GUACAUCACCACUCGCAACGCUUUCAUUCAUUCAUUCAUUCAUUUCAGACACAAUUUUCUCACCCGAGAAGCAAUUUUCUCCUCAUAAUUUUGAUCCUACUUUCCACUCGACAUAAUUUUGAUAUUAUUCUUUGUCUGUUUAUACUCCCCUGUUCGCCCUUCGCGCAGAGGCCUAUUGGGAUUUGAUCUCAACUUGCUCUUCGCAUAGGGCACCAUUUCAAAUUUGUAAUUCGCUGAUUUUCAAAUAUAUAAGUAUAUAUAAGGGCCUCGAUUGACAUGUUAAUGGAUGCAUUUAUUCUAAGAGUAAAAUUACUGUUUCCCUCCACUUUCCUUUUAUGGAUCAUCCUUACAAGCUCCUUCACUAUUCCCGUGGUGCUUUCCAAAACAGACUCCCGCCAAGUUUCCUCCCUCAACAAUAUGUACCAAUAUUUGAAGCCCUCUUCCAAACUUGAUGGAUGGAAAAAGGAUGGAGGAGACCCUUGUGGUGAUGAUUCUUGGAAGGGUAUUAAGUGCUCUGGUUCAGAUAUUACUGAAAUUGAUUUAUCUGGUUUGGGACUUUCUGGAUCACUAGGGUUCCAGCUUGAUAAGUUGGAGAAAGUCACCUACUUUGAUGUGAGCAAAAACAACCUCAAGGACAACGUACCGUAUCAACUUCCUCCUCGCACGAAGCACCUAGAUCUUUCUGGAAAUCAAUUCAGUGGAACUGUGCCUUAUUCAAUUUCUCAGAUGGCUGAUCUUAAAUAUCUGAAUCUUAAUCAUAAUAAGAUAAGUGGAUCACUGAGUGAUAUGUUUGGACAACUUACUAAACUCACUGAGAUGGAUCUGUCCUUCAAUGCAAUAUCAGGCAGUUUGCCUCAGAGUUUUAAAUCCCUCUCAAGCCUCAGCAAAUUGCACAUGCAGAAUAAUCAGUUUACUGGAUCAAUAAAUGUUCUUGCCGAUCUUCCACUUGACGAUUUGAAUGUAGCAAACAACCAAUUUACAGGCUGGAUUCCUGAUGAGCUGAAAGACAUAAAGAAAUUAGAGACUGGAGGGAAUUCUUGGUCUUCUGGAGCAGCUCCUCCUCCGCCUCCUGGGCAGAAAAGUAAACCUCACACCAGGCGGUCAGGAAAGGAACCUAAGUCUGGCCUGGGCGCAGCAGCCAUUAUUGGGAUAAUACUGGGUGUUCUGGUGCUACUUAUUCUUAUAAUUGUUCUAUUUUCGAAAAAAAGAUCAUCACCUUCAUCCCAUUUUCUUGAAGAAGAUAGAUUUAGCCAGCGUCAACGUUUCACUCCUCUUUCAUCUCAGGAGUUAUCUAGUGGCACACGUGGCAACAUGCGUGAGGACUUCAGAGGUAAUUUUACUUUUGGCUUGCCAAUCCCCCUUGUAUAAAAAGAGAGACAUGGUGGAGGAAAGGAAAGAGGAAAUUUUUUUUUUUUUUUUGAGAUGGUAACAGAUCCAAUAUAUUAAUAAAUCAUCAGCACAAAUUUUGUACUGGAACCAAGAUUACAUCAAGAAGAG